CUCGGCAUCAAAAGCAGCAACCACGUCAGCAGCAACCACGUCAGCAGCAACCACGUCAGCAAGUCGUCUGCACUGACUCCGCACCAUCACCAGUGUCAUGGCAGGGGAGCAACGGGACCCGUUCCGGGAGGACAUGACCUGCAACAGGGACCACGUCGUGUGGACUUGGGUCACUCCUGGCCAGAUGCUGCCGGGCAAUGCUCGUGGGUCGAGAAGACUGCUGUGCAAACUCUGCAACAAGGAGUACUCCGGGAAUCGGAAGCGUGCGUGGGAGCACUUCAUUUUGGCGAGGGUGUCUGACAGGUGUCCACAUUCAAACCUGUCCAUUUGGAGGAGGCUGCAUGGCAUCGGUGUACAGCUGCCACCGGACCUGCAUGAGAGGGUGCAACGCAUGUUGGAGAUGGAGAAGAGUGACGAGGAGGACACUCCUGUUGCGGGUGGAGGAGAAUGGGGCGAAGGCGGAAUUGCUGAGGAUCCCGGGAGGCACCUGGUGGGGAUACCAGGGAGGUUGACAUCGUUGAGGAUGAGGGGACGAGGGGGGGCAUGCACACGUGGCCCGACGAAGCAGAUGAGCAUCAGGAGGUUUGCGAAGAACCUGAGGCAUGAGGACAUAUAUGACUCCUGCUGCGAGUUCUUCGUGGAGAACGCGAUCCCGUUCAACGCCGCCAGAAGCAGGAGCUUCAAGAAGUUCAUGCUGACGUGUAUCGGGCCACGGCCUGUGGGGAGUCACCCUCUCGUGCCCACUGGGUACAACCCCCUCAGUUAUCGCCUGCUCGAUCGUUUGAACAAGAGGUUGAUGGAUGAGAAGCAGGUGGUCCGUGACGACUGGCAGGUGACUGGAUGCACGUUCAUAACUGAUGGCACCACAAACAUCUGUGGGCGAUCACUUAUGAACUACAUCCUUGCAGGUCAAUCGAAGCCUGUUUUCGUGAAGUGCGAGGAUGUGAGCGAGGGAGACAAGGACUCUGUAGCUGUCGUUGCCGGGUGGAAGUGGUUCUUCAGAGAGUGGGGGGUGGAGAAGAUCACGACGAUAUGCACUGACUCUUUCGCUGGGAAUUUGAGUGCCGCGAGGAUGUUGAGGGAGGACCCCGAGUUCAGGCAGAUCUAUUGGAUCCCUUGCACAACUCAUUGCAUGGACCUCCUCAUGCACGAUAUAGGCAAGAAGGAGUGGGUGGAUGUCAUCAUCACGAAGGCCAACAAAGUAGUGAACUUCUUCCGGGUUCACAGGUGGCCUCGGUCGCAACUGAGGACACAACUGUUGAAGUACCCCGGCUUGGAUUGCACCUGCCUCCUUCAGCCUGCUCAGACGAGGUUUGGGACGAACUAUGUGAUGCUGCAGCGACUUGAGUUCGAGAGCGUCGUGGAGCGGCUCAUCGGGAAGAAGGGGAGCUCGAGAUUUGACGACUGCAUGGACCAGUUGGCAUCCAAAGAUCCGGGAGCUGGGGUUGAGAGGAACUGGAGCACUUGGGCUCUAGUGCAGACGAAGUCCAGGAACAAGUUGCCCCACCAGCGAACCGAGAAAUUGGUGGCCUCGCACUGGAGCUUGAGGCUCAAGAGUAAGGGGGAGGAUGGGCCCACUGUUGCAGGAGGGUGGUUGGGGCUCGCAGCCGACUGGGAGGACGAGGACUUGGGGGGUGACAUGGCAAAUGUCACAGAGGCAGCUGACGACAUUGAGGCCGCUGGUGAGGGCACUGCUUCCGCAGUUGGCAACACCAACAUUCGCCACGAUCCCGCUGCGCCAUCCACAUCAAGAUCGGCACACAGGUUAGUGCAGGUGGAGGAGGGUGGGGAUGAAGAUGAGGCCGAUGAGGACGAUGAGGACGACGUCCCCGACGAGGAGUGGGUGGACGAGAGAUCGGACUCAGACAGAUCGUGGACGAGGAGAGAGGGCAUUGUCCCCUAUGUCCAAGGCACACGAUCAGGAUUGAGGUCCCACACUCGGGCGCGGCCAGAGGGGCAGCGGGAGCAGGUUGAGGAGCGGCAGGGGUGGCCCGAGCCGCGGGAGCUGCACGACAGGGAUGAGCAGCCUGCAGAGGAGCAGCAGUAGGAGCAACAACAAGAGCAGCAGCGGGAGCAGCGGGAGCAGCAGCAGCAGCAGCAGCAAGAGCAGCAGCAGGAGAAGC